CAAAAACAAAUAUGGCGAACAGAGGUGGUAAUAGUCAUCGAGGUAUGUAAACCACGAGUAGAGUAUUAAAGUAUGGGAAACAAACAUAGCUAUGUCCAUCCAAUUCAAGAUAGCCACCUACAAAAAGUUUAGCUUAUCAAAUCAAAAGAUGCUGACUUGAAAUAAUAAGGCUUUCUCACACGGUUUGAAAAAGUUGUGACGUGGAAUUAUUUCGUACAAUCCGCUAGCACUUCCGAUCCCUUGUGGAGAUUUUAAUAGCUAUAGUACGUUUAUAAGCUUACACUGUGCCCUUUGUAGUUUUGUCUGUUUCUUUAGUUUUUGUAAGCUAGCGCGAAGAGUUCAGGAUCUGUGGUUUUUCGGAGAAGAGUUUUUAAAGUAAUAAUCAGAAACAGUUAGCUUACAAGUUGAAACCGAUUGAUAAUUUAGCUUAAAUAUCAUACAUCAGGGGCCAGGAGCACUACAACUGAUGAAAUGUUAGAAACAGAAAAUAACCGAAUGGUGGACGACUUAGCUGCCAAAGUUUCUCGUUUGAAAGGAGUAAGUCAGGGAAUUUAUUUUGUGUUUGCAUAGGUGAAGAACCGUGCAUUGAAUAAACUAAUUAAUAUGUUGUUAAACCUAUAAGGAGUAUAGAGUCUGAGAGGGAAAACGUCUUAGAAAUGACAAUAUAUAUAUUCCUCAGUUCUGGCCAUUGCUGGAGUUUUUUUAAUCAUGACCUCCAUUUUCUAAAGAACAAUAGAUUUGUGAUGGCAUGACUGUCUUAACAUAAUGAGAUAAUCUGGACUGCAGAAGUGGAGCAAAUUUCUAUGUGCUGUUGUAUGCGACUGCAAUAAAAAUAUAAUGGCUAAGAGACUGAUACAGGGCUGUCAACCCCCCAUGCAAUCAAAUAUUGAGAAUUGAUAGGGAAGGAAUGAUAGAUGAUGUCAUAUUGCACUACAAAUGACAUCAUUUGUGCCAAAAUGCUCGUUGAUUCCGAUCAAUGUAUAUAGAACAUAAACAGUUCAUAUUUAGCCUCAUUGUUGCUUAAAUUACAGUGGCAUGCCAGAAUUUAUGAGGAAACAUUCCAUGUUGACAGUAGCUCAAACAAUGCAAAAUAUUUGACAUCUUAAGGUCGGAAAGUCGAGUCUACAAGAAAUAGCAACUUUGGCAAUUAUCCAGGAGAUAACAGACUCUGAUCUGGAGACCGGGAGAUACGGUCCAAAAUCUGGAGUCUCCUGGAUUAUGCAGGAGAGCUGACAGCACUGUGAUACCACAGUCAUGACAGCUGGAUGUAUCAGUAUACAUAACCAUCAACUGUUUUGUUUCCUAAAAAGUUUUGUUCUGGCUAGGUACUUUCUUAUAGUUUUCAUAACAAUAUUUCUAGUUUAUGCACAGGUGUGAUAUCCCAGUAUAUCAUAUAUCACUUGAAAAAGUCAUUAAUAAUUCAGAUGCUUAAAGAAGAACAAAAGAAAUUACAGCUAUUUCUAAUGUCUAUAUCUGAUAAAGACACAGUUAAACUUUACGUCCAAUUUUUUAGACCAAAAUAACCCCAAAUCUAAAUAUUAGUGCAAUAAUGUGUUGAUCUAUAUGGGAGAUUUUGAAGCCAUUCAAAAAACAUCAGUCGUGUAUUUCAGGUUUAAAAACUUGAGGUGAACUCAGCUUUCCCUCAAGUUUUUAAACCUGAUAUUACACUCUUGCUCAUUUUUUAAACAGUGCAUCAUUUUUUUCUUUAUUACUUCUUAUUAGAUUGCCAUUGACAUUGAGAAUGAAACCAAGCAACAAAAUAAAUACUUGGAUGGAAUGGUAAGGCAGUCAAGCCAGUCUGUAAUAAAUUACCAAAGCCAAGGAAAGGGGUACUUCAUGCCAUUGGCUAAUGUUCAUAAAUUUCAAGAAAAUGAGUGAUGUAAGCUUUUGUAAGAGAGUGAUGGAAUCCUCAAAUUCUUGUUCACCUCGAGCUGUACUGAUUUUUAUCAUGAGAUGGAUUCUGGAUCCCAACCAAUUGGCCCAAAUUCCAAAACAUGGGUUGAAGCAAAAUAUAUUUUCAAGAUUAAAUAUAUAUAGGUAUAUAUUUUUAGAGUUUGUAUACAUUUAAGGGUUAAGGGUCUUUUUUACUGAUUGAAUGGCCUUUUGUAUUGGGGAACUGUAAUAUUAUUGAGAAAAGAUGUUAUGAUCGCAUAUCAUGUCAUGAGCGUGGGACAAAGAAAAAAUCUGAGUCACUGACGGUGAUUGAACAGGACAUUCUGCCCACCAGUGGAAUGCUGUAAAGAACAGGGUUCACACGCACCUUGAAAGUCCUUGAAAGUCCUUGAGUUUCAAAAUAAAAAUUCAAGGCCUUGAAAGUCCUUGAAAAUUGCAGUCGGUGCUGUAAAGUCCUUGAAUUUCGGUGCUAACUUUAUCCAAUACAGAUUCUCAAGGUUCUAAAAGGAGCAAACACAGAAAGACCUAUCAGGGUAAAAUUGCUCAUGUUGUGGAAGAACCAAAAAAGACAGACUCAAGGCUCUUUUUUGCACUAAAUGGAGUCCUUGAAAAAUGGGAAAUGAGUCCUUGAAAGUCCUUGAAUUUUUUGUUCUAAAAAGGGUACGAACCCUGAAAGAAGGACUCAUGGGAAGCUCCACCAUAAUGUAUAUGUUGUAGUUAAUUUUUUAUGUCAGGUAAUUUUUAUUUUUCCUUUUGUUUCAACUUCAUUAGCAUACAUUAACAUACCCAAAAACAAAAGAAAAACAAAAAUUACCUGAGAUAAAAAAUUAACUACAACAUAUAUAUUUACAAAGUUCAUGUAUUAAAUAUUAUUAUUAUUUUAUAAUGGCUGAUAAAAGUAUUAACUUAAAUUUUAUGAUUUGAAUGUUUUUAUAGGGAGAUGAAUUUAGUAGCUCUUCAAGCCUGUUGGGUGGUAGUGCCGCACGGCUAUCAACAAUGAUUUCUUCUGGACGAUCAAACCGAAAAUUAAUGUGUUACAUGAUAGCUGCACUUGUGGGAAUCUUCUUUUUCGGUUACUAUGCUCUUAGUAGAGUCAUUAUCAAAUAGUCAGAAGAAUCAGAGAUUUUAUCUGAAUUAACUUAAAACACUUAUUUAUUACCCAAGAAAAAGGUAGCUUAUGUAGCAAGUGUGUUUGAUCCAAUUAUUGUGUGAAAGUUGGAUGAACUUUAUCGACAAACUCAUAUGGAAACACUUACUUACUACGCAGGCUAAGGAAAAGGAUACCAGUGUACAUGUAUGCAGUACGUUAUCAUAACAAUAUCCUUGGAAUUGUGGUUUCUGUAAGAUGACUUUGUGUCCAUCAUUCAAGAGAUACAGUGGUGAACUGAAAGUCGUAUACUUUUUUCGUUUACAUGCAUAGUAGCUUGUUUUAAAAAGUUAUCGGAAUGACCCUGGAAGCAACAGGCUUAUAUUGGUAUUUCAUUGAGAUGCUGACUGAGACCCUUAUUUGAAAAUCUGAAAAUUUGCAGCGAAAAGUUCAAGUCUCCAAUUUCAAGUUGGAAAGAAACAAACAAGAAUGAGACUUUGAGAGUUACAAGAAAAGUUUUCUAGAUUUUAAAGCUGGAUCUAGAACCAUGAUUUCUUAACCCAUUUGCCAUCACUUAAUAAGUAAGUGUAACAAUUAUUAUACCAUGCAUGUUUGAAAAGUGCUGCUGCCUAGUUAGUGAAGUGGCAUAAUAAGAAAUGUAAGAAAACAUUGGAUUUUUUGCAAUUUUUUAAUUUACUGAUUGGCUACAUAACUGCUGUAUUAAGAGUGAAAGAGUUAAGAUAUAAAUAGGAAGUAAUGUUAUGUAGGGCCUCUUCAAGGCCGACAGAAGUUGAUUGAUGUUGUGGUGGAAAUAUACAAGGGUAGUUGGUCUUAGUUUUACUUUGCAGGGCCACGUUGUUCAAAGCUGGGUUAAGAUAACCAGGGUUAGUGCGAAAUUUGAAUUUAGAUAUGAAAGCUUAAGAUGCAAAUUCAGUUUUAAAAUUCUUUUAGUGUACAAUUUGAUGAUUGGACGCUCUAAAAAGAAUAGUCGAGAGAAAAUUGUCCAAGAAAAUGCUUCUGAUGAAAAAAAAAAGAGACCCAGGU